CGCCAGGAGGGCAAGCAGGAAGCCAGGGGACAGGAGUCCUGUGUCCUGCUGGGUGGAGGUGGCCCUUUCCUGAAGCGCAUCCGGAUCCCACAGGGGACCAGGAGGACCCAGCCAGGCGGACCAGCCUCGAGCUGGACCGGGAUGCGAAGCUGAGCCCAGGCCCGGAGUGGACCCUCCCCCCAGCAUGGCCCCAACCACGGCCCCAAACCCGCUCUGGACUUGCUGCCUCUGCUGCCUGCUGACCGGGGCCUCCUGGGCGGCCAGCUACCCGCCUCGCGGCUACAGCCUCUACACCGGGGGCGGCCCCCUCGGGCCUGGGGGGCCACAGGGCCAGAGCCGGUCCCGCCCCGCCAACCGACACAGGAACUGGUGCGCCUUUGUGGUCACGCGGACGGUGAGCUGCGUUCUGGAGGAUGGAGUGGAGACCGUUGUGAAACCUGACUACCAGCCCUGUGGCUGGGGGCAGCCCCAGUGUUCGCGCAGCGUCACGUACCGGAGCUUCCUGCGCCCGCGCUAUCGCGUGGCCUACAAAACGGUGACGGACAUGGAGUGGCGGUGCUGCCAGGGCUACAGCGGGGACGACUGCAGCCAGGGGCCGUCCUCUCCGGCCCAGGGCACCCAGCUGGCCACUUCCCGGCCCGCCUCCCACCCCCGCCCGGCCCACCCCAACCUCUCCGGAUCCAGUGCCGGCAGCCACCUCAGUGGACUGGGAGGAGAAGGCCCCAGAGAGUCAGAGAAGGUGCAGCAGCUGGAGGAGCAGGUGCAGGGCCUGGCCAAGGAAGUGCGGGGGCUGCAGGGGACCCUGCAGGGCCUGAGCGGGCGGCUGGCGGAGGACGUGCGGCAGGCCGUGGAGACCGCCUUCAACGGGCGGCAGCAGCCGGCCGACGCGGCCGCCCCCCCGGCCGUGCGGGAGACCCUGAGCGAGAUCCAGCGCCGGCUGCAGCUGCUGGACAACCGCGUGUCCACCCACGACGAGGAGCUGGGCCACCUGAACCACGGAGGAGGGGCCCUGGGCCCCCCGCCACCAGGCGAGGGGUGGCUGCGAGACCUGGAGCGCAGGCUGAGGGAGUCCUGCGCCGUCUGCCUGGACGGGCUGGGGGGCUUCCAGAGGCAGCAGCAGGAGGAGCGGGAACGCGGCCGGGAGCUGGACAAGCGGCUGAGCCUCGUGGAGCAGCGGCAGCGGGAGGCCGGGCCGGCGGGCGACCGGCCGGCCCCUCGCCAGUGCUGCCCCCCGGACCUGGACCGCAGGCUGGGCGAGCUGCAGCGGAGGCUGGACUCGGUGACCCGGAUGAGCGGCUGGCGGGACGGCGAGCUCGGGGGCGCCGCCGGGCACGGGGGGCACCCCCCGGGGCUGGCCGGACUGGCCGCCCGCCUCGGCCGGCUGGAGCACCAGCUCAACGCCACCCUGGGCCGCCCGGAGGAGGGAGGGCCGGCGGGGGGCACGGCCCCCGGCGGGCCGGGACGCCGCCUCCAGGAAGCGGAGGCCCAGCUGGCCCGGCUGGAGCGGGGCCUGGCCGCCCUGAGCCAGGAGCUGGGCGGUCGGCUGGGCGAGCUGGCAGGGCGGGUGGAGGGGGCGGUCCGGGCCUGCGGGGAGCUCUGCCCCAGCACCCCCGCGCCCCAAGACGCCCAGAUCAGUGCCAUCCUCAGCGACCUGGAGGGCCGAGUGCUGGGCAACGAGGCCCAGCUGAAGCGGGUGGGCGCCCGCCUCGACGGGCUGGGGGUGACCGGGGAGGACCUGCGGCGGGCCGUGGCUGGGCUGCGGGGGGACCUGGGCCUGCUGCGGGGCCGGCUGGAGGCCCAGGCGGAGGGGGCCGGGGAGCUGGCCCUGCACCUCAACCUCACGGGGGGACGCUUGAGCCUCCUGGAGGAGGCCGUGAGGGCCGGUGAGGGCGGCUGCGGCGGCUGCGGGGGGCUGCAGGAGGAGCUGGGCCGCUUGCGGGACGGGGUGGAGCGCUGCGCCUGCCCCCUGCUCCCCCCCCGAGGGCCCGGGGCUGGCGGCGGCGGGGCCGCCGGGGGCGGGGGCGGCCCGGCGCGGGGGCCCCUGGACGGGUUCAGCGUGUUCGGGGGCAGCUCGGGGGCGGCCCUGCGGGCCCUCCAGGGAGAACUGUCCGAGGUCAUCCUCACCUUCAGCUCCCUCAACGACUCCGUGCGGGAGCUGCAGGUCAUGGUCGAGGGCCAGGGCUCCGACCUGGCCGACCUGGGGGCCACCAAGGACCGCAUCAUCUCGGAGAUCAACCGGCUGCAGCAGGAGGCCACGGAGCACGCGGCCGAGAGCGAGGAGCGCUUCCGGGGCCUGGAGGACGGGCGGGGCCCCGGCGGCCCGUGCCCCGACCUGGAGGGGCGGCUCAACCGGCUGGAGGGCGUGUGCGAGCGGCUGGACGCGGUGGCCGGAGGGCUGCGGGGCCUGCGGGAGGGCCUGGCGGGCCACGUGGCCGGGCUCUGGGAGGGCCUGCGCGAGGCCAACGGCACCAGCCGGGAGCAGGCCGCCCUUCUGGAGAAGCUGCUGGGCGGGCAGGCGGGCCUAGGCCGCAGGCUGGGCCUCCUCAAUGGCUCCCUGCUCGCCCUGGAAGACCAACUGCACCGGUUCGGCCAGAUCGAUCACACCGGACCAGCGGGUGAGACGGGCCCCCCGGGCCCCCCUGGGGAGCAGGGCCCGCCCGGCCCCGUGGGACCCUCCGGCCCCCCUGGCAAAGAUGGGAAAGAAGGACCCGUCGGGCCACCGGGUCUUCAGGGAGAGCAGGGUGCGAUGGGCUUGGCGGCCCCAGUGUCCCGCGUGGCUUUCUCGGCGGCGCUGGGCUCGCCCCGCUCAGAACCCGGCACCAUCCCCUUCGACAAGGUCUUGCUCAACGACGGCGGCUUCUACGACCCCCAAACGGGCUUGUUCACGGCGCCGCGGUCCGGGCGCUACCUGCUGAGCGCCGUGCUGACCGGACACCGGCACGGGAAGGUGGAGGCCGUGCUCAGCCGCUCCAACCGGGGGGUCGCCCGCAUCGACUCCGGCGGCUACGAGCCCGAGGGCCUGGAGAACAAGCCCGUGGCGGAGAGGCAGCCCAGCCCGGGCGCCCUGGGCGUCUUCAGCCUCAUCCUGCCGCUCCAGGCCGGGGACACGGUCUGCGUCGACCUGGUCGUGGGGCAGCUGGCCCACUCCGAGGAGCCGCUCACCGUCUUCAGCGGGGCCCUGCUCUAUCCGGAUCCUGACCCAGACGCUGGACAGGUGUAGACCCCACCACCCCGGGGUCACCCGCACCCACCCAGAGCCGGGGAGGCCGGAGGAGGUGAGGCCGCAGAAGGAGGCCGGGCCUUCCCUCUCCUUGGGCCCUCCAGCCUCCCGGCCCCUGCGGCCCCCGGGGUCGCCCCUCGCUCUGCCCAUCCAUCCCGGGCUUUGGAGGAGGCCCCGGGCCCACCCGGUGCCCGCCGGGACGGACCUCCGGCCGGGCCGCACCCCUGCCCCCUC